UAUUUUCCUUGUUUGCUCCCCCUUACAAAAAUUUUAUUAGCCGUGGCAAAGUAUCACAGAGAUAGGAAUCUCCAUCAUAUGAUCGCCACUCUAUUUUCACGAGCCAAGCUUGUAAUAACUCGAUGGUUGGCCAGGGACGGAAAGAAACUCAGGUUCAAACAGAUGACAGAAGGGAAAAUGGCGAAGCUCAAUUCCAGUUUGACAGCAAUGGACUGGCUUCCUCAACUGUCAGUUGGUGGAGCCUUGACAGGAAACGCGACACCUGGCAAUCCCCAAGCUAAUAAGUAUUCUGCCCAGCGUGUACCUUGUGGGCAAUUUGAUGCAAAUGCUACAUAUGACCCGUCGUCAAUGAAAUUUGGCAAGUCAAAACCACCUUACAGCUAUGCUAAUCUUAUCACAUUUGCUAUUAAUGCUGCUCCCAAAGGGAAAACUACUCUUUCUGAAAUAUACCAAUGGAUAUCUGAGAAUUUCCCAUUUUACAAUGAAUCAAGCAACGGCUGGAAGAAUUCCAUCCGACAUAAUUUAUCGUUAAACCGUUGUUUUGUGAAAGUACCACGGACCAAAGAAGAUCCCGGCAAGGGUUCUUACUGGGCCAUUGAUCCCAAUCCACAACAGGAGGAGCCUUUUCAUGCAAGACAGCCAAGGGUUAGAAGAAAAAGUGAUCGUGAAAGGCAACUAUCACCAUAUCGUGAUGUAAGAUCACAUUCUCCAGGACGGACUUCUCCAGGAAGAACAUCUCCGACAAUGCAGUCACCACCUUCACCACAGCUACUUAACCGUUCCUAUGAUUCUAAUACUUCAUCAGAUUAUAACUCAAGCAGUCAUAACUCAAGUGACAAUCCAAAAAUUUUUAUUAGUCAGACAAAUGGUCAGCGAGAAACGACUCGUCAGAACCCUUUAGAUAACAAAGUAUUUGCAGAACAUUUGGAUUUAGAAGACUUAUCUGCAUCAUUUAGAAGUUUGUAUAAAUCUGUUUUUAACCAAGCCAACCCUUCAUCAAGCAAUAAUAUGGGGUCAUCCAAUGCAAGUAGCAACAGUGCCAACAGUAAUAUUUUAUCACUGCAAUCCACAAACCUGAAUACAUCACAGCAAGACUUAGCUCCUUCCACAAUAACAGAACCAUCUAAAUCUAUGUCCGAGAAAGAAGUUUUGCAAACUAUGGAAACAUUAAUGAGCAGUAUGUCUUCGGGGGAUUGGGGAAAUAUAAUGCCAGACCAGUUUUACAGUUUGAUUGAUAACUUACAAGAAAUCGAGGGUCUUGAUCAAAAUGACAUAGAUCAGCUUGAAGAAUCAUAUACACAAUAUUUGAAACUGCAAGGGACAUUUGAUGACCUGGAAGAUGAUGUUGAGCUUAAACCAGAAUUGUUACAACCAUCACAUGCUCCGGGUGGUUUCUCUGGUACAGCAAGCCCCCAUCAUAGUCCCUAUGGAAGUCCAGUGCCUCCACAUCAAAGCCCGCUGAUGCAAAACGCUGAUCAUAGUCCAUCUGGCAGUAUAAAUCACUCGAGAAAUUCUCCUCUCCUUGAUAGUAAUUCCUUAAAUAAUAUCUUGCAGCGAAAUAUGUACAGCAAAAUAAACAUGACGUCAGCAAGCCCUAACAUGAAUGUUCCCAGUGUUGUACUGGGGUCAAGCUCGAUGCUGCAAAGAGGACCAAGUCCUAAUAUGAAUGUCCUUACCACAAGUCCGAAUGUAAAUAAUAUAUUAGGUUCUAGUCCGAAUUAUGCAGCCUGCCCACCGAUGAUGCAAAACGGGAACAAGCGAGUGAAUGCCAGCCAUAUGUUAAAUCACCCUCCGGUACAGGCGCAGAUGUAUCAUACAGGUACCACUAUAUUAGAGGAUGAGGAAGACACUUUUGAUUGGGAGGCUAUUAUGUGAUCAGUUCUUUUUGUCGACUUAUCUGAAGAAAUUGCACAUUAUUUCUCUUUAUUAAAAAUAUUGCUUUUCAACCCAAAAAUGAUUUUUUGCAUUUCUUUUGGUUAAAAGUUCUAAAUUUGUUUCAUUUUAAAAGAUUAUCUUCAGGUUAAAGAUAAAGUAAAAGAUAGAAAAAGUUUUUAUUAUAUAAGAUGCAUAGUUAUUAUUAGCAAAUAUUCUUAAUAGAAAAUAGAACUGUUUAUGCUCUUUUGUGAUGAUAAGUUUUUCGUUUGCUUUUGUAAUUCGCGCAGCAAUGUAUGCACCAUGUUUUUAUAAUAAACCUUUUUUGGUCUUGUUGUCCCUUGACUUUCAAGUAGUUUUCCCAAAAAUUUACAGAGCUUUGUUUUAUAGGGUGAAAAGUUCUCUCACAUUAUAAAUUUCCUUUUUCGAUUUUCUAAAUAUUUCAGAAGUUAGAAGUACCUACUUUGUCAGCCUCAUGUUUCUUAAAAUUAUGUGUCUUAUAUAUAAAAACGUGUAUGAGGUCUAUGGAAUUGGUAAUUUGAUUGCAUGUAAAAGUCCUUGUUUAUGUAUCAAGUUUUUUGAAAACCAAAUAAUUUUUUAUGUAUCUUACGUUUUGUAUAUUUGUCUUAGUGUCUUCUCAAGAUAUUGUGCUUUAUCUCAAAUAUGCUUAGUAAGCAUUUUAAAAAACCAAGUGUUUUAAUAUUAUAUGCACAUUGUUUCCUUACACUUUUACACCUAAAAAGUCUUUCAUCGUAACUAUUGGACUUUUGAUUACCUAUAUCAAAUGUCAGAGUUCUUGUGUCGUAUAUUCUCAGUAGACAAUACUUUCUCAAUGGAAAAAAAAAUUUCUUUAUCCAAUGUGCUUAUAAGUGAAGUUUAUGAAUAUUUGUAAGAAAUGGUGUACUUGUUUUCUUUGUGCGUAACCCUUUCCAUUUGUUCCCAAUACAUAGAUUGCUUUUAUAUUUGUGAUACAAUUAUCUAUAAAUAUGUACUCUCUUUACUUCAUUUAUUAUUUGUACGAUAAAAUGAAACUUUUUAUUUAUAUCAGCUCGUUAUUUAUAUGCAUGUAUAUAUUAUUCUGACGGUUUGGACAAAGAGCAACCUGACACUUUAGGACUAAUAUUUAACGAAGCGACCUUUUUACAUUUUUAUGCUGUGGAAGAUUUAUGUUGUUCUUCUUUUUUUCUUUUUUUUAUUGGCACAUUUUGUGGUUUGGCAUUUUACAACUUGAUUUUAAAAUUUUUAAAUUCAUGUGUGUUGAGAAUGAUUACAAAGAUUUUCACCCAGAGCAGUCUUUGUUUAAACUGUUGUGUCAACUUUUUUAUAAUCCUUAAAUAUUAUUUCCUACUUUUUUUAUUCUUAAAAGUCUUUUUAAGUUGAUCCUAUUGUACAGAUUUUUUUAUAUAAACUCAAAAUUCGAAGUGUAAAUAUUCUGCUGCAUGGCAGGAAUUUAUUUAGGUAUGUCUUUAGGAUGCAUAUUUAAUGUUAUGCAUUUUUUUGUAAGUAUAUAUUUACUAUGGGAUGUGUUAUUGUUGAAUAAAAGAAGAAAAAAAUCACAAUUGUAUAUAAAUAUAAUUUGCAUAAUGUCUUUGAGAUGUUGAAUGUAUAUAUUCAUUAUAUGGAAUAUACGGCAACCAGUGGUUCUGGUUUUGAAUGGAAA